GUUGAUGUGGCAAUUAUGGAAGUAGGAAUUGGUGGUGAAUAUGAUUCAACAAAUAUUAUAGAGAAACCUACAGUUUGUGGUGUAUCAUCUUUGGGAAUUGAUCACCAAAGUUAUCUUGGAGAAACAAUUGAUUUAAUCGCAUGGCAUAAAGGUGGUAUAUUCAAGAGAAAUGUUCCAGCCGUAACUAUUGAACAACCCGCGAUAGCUUUGGAAGUUCUGAAAAAAAGGGCUGAAGAUAUUAAUGCUCCAUUUACACAAGUGGAAACACUUGCUAAAGAAUCUUUUGGUGACAUCAAUAUCGGACUUGCUGGUCGACAUCAACUUAUUAAUGUAUCACUCGCAAUUGAACUAUGUCGCAUAUGGCUUGAAAAACACAGAAAUAUUAAAUUUAAUAAUGAAAGAGUUCCACAAGAGUUUAUUCCUGGACUUGCUAAAGUACGAUGGCCUGGUCGCACGCAACAACUUGUUCUUGAAAAAUAUCCAAAAAUUACCUGGUUUUUUGAUGGUGCUCAUACAUUGGAAAGCAUGCAAGCAUGCGCUGAUUGGUUUGCUGAGGCUGCAAUGGCUAAGAUAGACAAAAGUGAAAAAAACAAAUCUGGAUCCUUAACUGAUAUUGAAAGAAUCUUGAUCUUUAACUGCACUACUAGUCGUAAUGGUCCCGAAAUAUUAAAAAAAAUAACAGCGACAAAUCCCUAUAUUCAUUUUGACCACGCUAACUUUUGUACAAACGUCACAUUUACUACGAAUCAAUUUAAACCCGAUUUGCAAAAUAAUACGAUCAAAAUUGAUGAAAAUCUCACUUGGCAAAAAACACUUGCAGAGAUUUGGCCGACCAUCAUAUCUAAAUCAAAAACAAGCGAAACACAUAUUUUUCCAACAAUACAAAAUACCAUUGAUUGGAUACUUGAACAUUGCAAAGAAAGUGAGCGUGAAGUUCAAGUGCUGGUCACAGGAAGUUUACAUUUAGUAGGUGGUGUAAUGGCUGUAUUAGAAAUAGAUGUCAAUUAA